AUGGCGCCCAUUACUAGAAGACGCGCGAAGGCCAAAGAAACGGAAGCCGCAAGUCCAACCAUGUCGGACACACCCACAUCGACCGAAAUUACUGUUGAGGUGCCGAUUCUGCCUCGCGGAAAGCGGAAGUCUCUGACCAGCAACGUCGAAGACGCACAGAAUGUUGCAGUCCCACAGAGUGACUCGCCCAAACGACAGAAGCUUGCGGUGCGAACGAGAGAAGACGAGAUCACGAAAAGCGGCUGGUCGACGCACAUCGAGGUGCAAAUACCCAGCUCAUCAGCGCCAAGACCCCGGUCCAGCGCAGUAGCCGAUUCUCAGGAAGAAGAUGAUGAAGAUGACGACGAAUCAGAAGAAAAAGAAGAGCAUCAAGAAGGGGAGCCCGAAGCUGUCAAGCCCACGAAUGCCUCGAAGCAGCUGGAGGGAAGGCCCGAGGCCGUCGAGCCCACGAGUGCCUCCCAGCAGUUGGCCUCGCAGCAGUUGGAGAAGGAGGCAAGCCAGCAACUAGCCCGGCAGUCCGUGGAGCCCGAACCUACCCCGCAACCGAAACCCAUGUCGAAACAUGUAGUCUUCGGCGAUGAUGAUGAUGUGGAGAAGUUUGUCGCAGCGGCUGCAACAGAAACAAAGAAGGACGCGGAGGAGACAAAAGAGGAAAGCGACGGAGAGAAGAGCGACGAUGACGAAGCGCCUGAAGCUGUCUCGACACAGGCAACUGCCAAACAAACCUUGGAGUCAGCGAAAGCGGUAUCAGAGGCUGCCGACAAGCAAGUUGCCUCGUUGAAGCGGAAGCGGCAGGAGAGGGAUAACCUGCUCAAGCAACAAGCGCAAAAGCGCAAACGAACUCGCAAGCCAGUCAAGACAACCCACGAUGGCUCCAACGGCGAAGAAGUCACAAAUAAAGGGAGACAGAGAUCCGGAAAAGGCAAGUUGCCGGACAUGCUGCCCGCAGAGUUCCUUACGGACUCUUCAAGUGAUAGCGAAGAUGAGACGGCCUUGAAGAAAUUUGUGAAGAAGCCGAAGAAGAUCAACUUUGAGACCGCCUUGCAGACGAUCGGCAACGAAGGUAAGAGACCCCGCGAUGAGAUUGUGGGGACCACCCGUUACCGAGUGCUGGCAGAGCAGGCAGACAAAAGUCUUGCCCCGAAGAUGAACAAGAACUCUCUCAAGUCGAAACAGGCCCUUCUCAAGAGGAAUCGUGUAGGCAUCAUGCCCAAUAAGAAGAAAGGGUUCUUCGUUGGCAAAAAGCAGGUGUAA